CUGGCCUUGGCCGCACAGGCACUCUGAUAGCAUGCUACAUCAUGAAGCAUUACAGGAUGACAGCAGCCGAGACCAUUGCGUGGGUCAGGAUCUGCAGACCUGGCUCGGUGAUUGGACCUCAGCAGCAGUUUUUGGUGAUGAAGCAAACAAGCCUCUGGCUGGAAGGGGACUAUUUUCGUCAGAAGUUAAAGGGGCAGGAGAAUGGACAACACAGAGCAGCCUUCUCCAAACUUCUCUCUGGCGUUGAUGACAUUUCCAUAAAUGGGGUCGAGAAUCAAGACCAGCAAGAACCCGAACCGUACAGUGACGACGACGAAAUCAAUGGAGUGACACAAGGUGAUAGACUUCGGGCCCUGAAAAGCAGAAGACAAUCAAAAACAAACGCUAUUCCUCUCAC